GGGAUCUCUAACGCUUAAUCGAGGGUUCCAGAACAAAAAGUACUGCACGGCCGCACGGGGAUCCCUUGCGCUUGCCAUGGCUUUCCUUCCAUUUUCAGUGACACUCUAUCCAUAUCUAGGGCUGUAACUGCGACUUCUCUUCCAUUCUGCAAGUAACCGUCGUUGAGCGGUCCUUCUAUUCUCAAUGGUACUUUCUCCUUUGCUAGGGCUGUAUCUGCGGCUUCUUUUCCAUUCUGCAAGUCGCUGUCGUCGAGCGUUCUUUCCAUUCUCAACGACACUCUCUCCUUAGGGCUGUAACUGCAGCCUCGAUUCCUGCAAGAGGAUCGCCAUCAAUUCUGCAAGUUGCCAUCACCAGUUGCUGCAUUUCAAAGCCAUCGAUGGAUUAAUCUGAUUGCCAUCGCUGAUUCCUGCAUUUUGAAGGCCUCGAUUCGGCCGCCGUUGCAUAAUCUAUGCAUUCCGAAGCCUUCGAUUCUGCUGGUCGCCGUCGAUUUUGUGGAACGACUCUGAAGUUCUAGCUGUCCAUGAUCUUGAGCAACUAGAAUCUUGAAAUGUGAUGUGCCAAUUGGAGAAGAUCUUUCCCCCCUCCUUUUUUACUGUCGUGGUGCAUUUGGUUACUCAUUUGGCGUCUGAAGCUAAGAUUAGUGGACCAGUUCGCUAUUGAUGGAUGUAUCUGGUGGAGAGGACCCUCGUACUCCUCCGGCUGACGACUUUGGGCUUUUUAUCCUUUCUAUUGCCUUAAAUGUAGAACAAGCAACAAACACUUCUCAUCGGAUUGCCACUUUGGUUAGUGCUGCAAAGAGUGCAAUGGAGAAGCAGAGGCUUGGAGUUUGCCAAAGUGAUUUCAAUUUUGCAAUGGACAAGUUUUGGAAAGCAUAUGCGCAAGCACGGGACAGAGCUUACAAAGAAGUCACGGGAUCUAUUAAAGAUGGCACAAAUGCAGUGAUUCAUUGUGAAAAUCUAUACAAAAGGAGUCAUCUUCAGUCACCCAUAAUAGGUGAAAUCCAAAAUGUGACUAAAAUCACAGAUAUUACUUUAAGUAUGAUCAAGUAGUUACAUGGUCCAAGUUAAUUAUUUUAUAUAUGGAGUUAUAAGGAAAUAAUUCUCCAAGUCAAUGCAUAAACAACAAUAUACCAUUUUCCUAUAUAUAGUGUCAUUUUGAUGAAGCUUUA